GGUUGGUGGGGAAGGCGGGGAAAAGGGGGGGGUUCUCCGGCGGGUUUGGGGGGUGCGUUGCCCGGAGACGGAAAGUUUGGGAACCGGAGCAGGCUAGGCGGCAUCCCCGGGGAGGGGGCCCGAGGGCUGACGGCCCUGGGGAUGGGGAAGGAGCAGGAGCUGUUGGAGGCGGCCCGUACUGGGCACCUCCCGGCGGUGGAGAAGCUGCUGUCCGGGAAGCGGCUCUCCUCAGGUUUCGGGGGCAGCGGCGGCGUCGGCGGCUCCGGGGGUGGCGGCAGUAGCGGCGGUGGCGGCCUCGGCUCUUCCAGCCACCCUCUCUCCAGUCUGCUCAGCAUGUGGAGAGGUCCAAAUGUGAACUGUGUUGACAGCACUGGCUACACACCCCUGCACCAUGCUGCUUUGAAUGGCCAUAAGGACGUGGUUGAGGUUCUUCUGAGGAACGAUGCGCUGACCAACGUGGCUGACUCUAAAGGCUGUUACCCUCUGCAUUUGGCAGCCUGGAAGGGAGAUGCCCAGAUAGUGAGGUUGCUCAUCCAUCAAGGGCCUUCACACACCAGAGUCAAUGAACAGAAUGCUCUUGAGAUCAAAGAACUCAAAAAGUACGGCCCCUUUGACCCUUAUAUCAAUGCCAAGAACAAUGACAACGAGACGGCCCUGCAUUGUGCAGCACAGUAUGGCCACACAGAGGUGGUGAAGGUGCUCUUAGAGGAGCUAACUGACCCUACCAUGCGCAACAACAAAUUCGAGACACCUCUGGACCUGGCAGCGCUUUAUGGGCGACUGGAAGUGGUGAAGAUGCUUCUCAAUGCACACCCCAACCUCUUGAGCUGCAACACUAAGAAGCACACCCCCCUGCACUUGGCAGCAAGGAACGGACACAAAGCCGUGGUCCAGGUCCUCCUUGAUGCUGGCAUGGACAGCAACUACCAGACGGAGAUGGGCAGUGCUUUGCAUGAAGCUGCUUUGUUUGGCAAGACUGAUGUGGUGCAAAUCCUGCUGGCUGCAGGAAUUGAUGUCAACAUAAAAGAUAAUCGUGGACUGACUGCUUUAGACACUGUCCGGGAGCUGCCUUCUCAAAAGAGCCAGCAGAUAGCAGCACUAAUUGAAGAUCAUAUGACUGGGAAAAGACGUGCAAAAGAGGUGGAUAAAACUUCCAUACCCCAGUCAUCUCUCAUCACCAGUAUGGACUCCAUAUCACAGAAGUGUCAGGGUGAUCUGGAGAAAGCAGUGACUGAACUGAUUAUUGAUUUUGACACAAAUACUGAAGAAGAGGGACCCUAUGAGGUGCUGUACAACGCUGUCUCCUGCCAUUCCUUGGACAGCAUGGCCAGUGGGCGAUCAUCUGACCGAGACUCCGUGAACAAAGAGGCUGAGGCGGCAGGAGUGAAAACUGCUGGAGUGAGGCCUAGAGAACGUCCACCACCUCCAGCAAAGCCACCACCAGAUGAAGAGGAAGAAGACCACAUAGAUACGAAGUAUUUUCCCCUGACAGCUUCCGAGGUCCUGGCCAUGAGACCCAGGGUUCAGGGGAGUGCAGCCAGGGGAGAGGAUGAACACCCUUAUGAGCUGUUGUUAACGGCAGAGACAAAGAAGGUGGUGUCAAUGGAUGGAAGAGCAAAAGACCACAGGCGGAGCAGCAGCAGCCGGAGCCAGGACUCUACAGAGGGCCAGGACGGGCAAGUCCCAGAGCAGUUCUCAGGUCUCCUCCACGGCUCCUCCCCAGUGUGCGAGGUAGGGCAGGACCCUUUCCAUCUGCUCUCUGCCACUGACCAGAGCCAUCCAGACGGGUCCCCCCAACAGGGCGCCUGCCACGAGGCCAGCAUGCAGCUGGAGGAGACGGGUGUGCAUACUCCUGGAGCCUCCCAGCCCAGUGUCCUGGACCCGAGCAAGAGAGUGGACUACCCAGCGAGCCUGACCCCCACCAAUAGCCGAUCACACCCUGAAACUUUGACUCACAUAGCAUCUCCACACCCUGGUGCUGCUGAAGAAGGAGACCGUAGCGGGGCCAGGAGCCGAGCCCCUCCCACUAGCAAACCCAAAGCCGAACUCAAACUCAGCCGCAGUUUGUCCAAGUCUGACUCUGAUCUCCUGACCUGCUCACCCACAGAGGACACUACCAUGGGGAGUCGGAGUGAAUCCUUAUCCAAUUGCAGCAUUGGGAAGAAGAGGCUGGAGAAGUCGCCCUCCUUUGCCUCGGAGUGGGAUGAGAUUGAGAAAAUCAUGAGUUCUAUUGGCGAAGGGAUUGACUUUUCUCAGGAACAGCAGAAGAUCUCAGGUUCGCGGACUCUGGAGCAGAGUGUCGGGGAGUGGCUGGAGUCGAUUGGACUGCAGCAAUAUGAGAGCAGGUUGCUUCUAAAUGGCUUUGAUGAUGUCCACUUCCUGGGAUCUAACGUGAUGGAAGAGCAGGACCUGCGGGAGAUUGGCAUCAGUGACCCACAGCACCGGCGGAAGCUGCUGCAGGCUGCACGGUCCCUGCCCAAGGUGAAGCCUCUGGGCUAUGAUGGGAACAGCCCCCCUUCAGUGCCCUCCUGGCUGGACUCACUGGGGCUGCAGGACUACGUCCAUUCCUUCCUUUCGAGUGGCUACAGCUCCAUUAACACUGUGAAAAACCUCUGGGAGCUGGAGCUUGUCAAUGUUCUCAAGGUCCACCUGCUGGGCCAUCGAAAGCGCAUCAUCGCCUCCCUGGCAGACAGACCAUACGAGGAGCCACCUCAGAAGCCCCCAAGGUUUUCCCAGCUAAGAUGCCAAGACUUGCUCUCCCAGACAUCAUCCCCCCUGAGCCAGAACGAUUCCUGCACUGCACGGUCAGCAGACCUGCUGCUGCCUCCUGGGGACACUGGUAGGAGGCGCCAUGACAGUUUUCAUGACCCUGCAGCACCCUCUCGAGCGGAGCGCUUCAGGAUCCAGGAAGAGCACCACGAGGCCAAGCUGACCCUUCGGCCCCCCAGCCUAGCCGCCCCCUAUGCCCCUGUGCAGAGUUGGCAACACCAGCCAGAGAAACUCAUCUUCGAGUCCUGUGGUUAUGAAGCCAAUUAUCUGGGCUCCAUGCUGAUCAAAGAUCUGCGAGGGACGGAGUCCACACAGGAUGCUUGUGCCAAGAUGCGGAAGUCAACUGAACACAUGAAGAAGACCCCCACCAUCAUCCUCUCCAUCACAUAUAAAGGUGUAAAGUUCAUCGAUGCCUCCAACAAGAAUGUCAUUGCUGAGCAUGAGAUCCGGAACAUUUCCUGUGCAGCCCAGGACCCGGAGGACCUCUGCACCUUCGCCUACAUCACCAAGGACCUGCAGACCAAUCAUCACUAUUGCCACGUGUUCAGCACGGUGGAUGUGAAUUUGACAUACGAGAUCAUCCUGACAUUGGGGCAGGCGUUUGAGGUGGCCUAUCAGUUGGCCCUGCAGGCCCAGAAGUCCAGGCCGAUGGGGGCGUCUGCAGUUGAGAUGAUUGAAACAAAAUCUUCCAAACCGGUGCCUAAGCCUCGGGUCGGCAUGAGGAAAUCCGCAGUGCCGCCACCCCCUGAUAGUCGCUGUUGUUACUGUCACACCUGCACCACCCACCGUCCUUCCUACCUUCCGCUGCCGUCUGUUAGUCCUGGAGUCAAGCUGGAACCACCCGACAUGGACCAAGACACCCAAUCUCAUGCCAGUGUCUCCUGGGUUGUGGACCCAAAACCAGACUCUAAGCGGAGCCUCAGCACCAAGUAUGAGACCACUAUCUUCUAAAACAACCCACACCCUGUCUCCACUAGUCUCACUGUGCCUUUGCCACCCAGUCUUUCUGCUGUCCUCAAUUCUCUCCUUCCAGCUGCUGAUGCCAAGGUCCCACCUUCACUGGGACCUGCUCUCCUCCUAGGCAGCAGCUCUAGACACUGCACUCACAGCUCUCGUACCUAAUACCACCGAACACUGUGAAUUCUCCCCCUUGGGCUGAGGACAGCUUAGGGGGGUGAGUUGCCUUUGAGGUGGGCACCAAGAAGGAUAAGAGGGCUCAGUUGCACCCGGGAAGCCUCUGCAGCAGGCAUUGUGAAUCCUGAGGGGGUAGGGAAAUCUUGGAGCAGAACCCAAACGGCACUACUGGUAACUCCCUCUGAGUUGGUCUGGGCUCUCUUGGCUCCCUUCUCCUGUCUGCUGUACUGAGCCAUAGCUGGCUGCUGCUGCCGAGAGCUAACUGUUUUCACCUUUCCUGACAACAAACCACUGUGACCACCCAGUGCCAGAACCCCCCAGCACUCUGCUCACAGCUGGCCUGCAGCCCCGCCCUGCCCUCCUCUGCUGCUCUAAGGUGCAAGCCUCACUCUCAUGGUCAGGCCCUUGUGAGACCCUGAGCUCGGUGAUAUGGCUUGACCAGGGACAGACUGCUUUCUGUGAGGGCCCAAGGUAUGUGCCAGGCCCUUGGGCACAUGCUGACGCCAGAGCAUGGGGCUCUAAGCAUCUGAACACCCACAUGCUGGCUCCACUCAGCAGUUUUCUCAGUCCCAAUGAGCCAUCCAUUCCAAAGAAUGGGUGACAUAUAUGUGGCCAGCCCCUCAUGUCUUCGCCAUUGAGUCACAAAGCCUGGAAGCCCUAGGCCUACCUCUGGAGUCUGGCUCUCGGAGGAGGAAGGCCUUACCAUAGAACCCAGCGAGGAGGCUGUGCCUCUCAGAACAGAGCUGCCUGAGCACAGGGACCUGGACCAAGCAACUGUGACUGUUCUUCAGGAGCUUUCUGACACUCCUCCAUGGCUUAGGGAUCAAAGAUAGUCAGCCAUCAGCCAGUCCUCUCCCUGAUAUGUCUCCCUCAGCCUCUUGACUAUUCUGAGGGCAGAGGCCACACAGCACAUCCCCACCCUGCAGCUUAGCAGCUGGGAUGGUGGAGUUGAGGUUUUGGAGAAGCCCCAUGUUCUCUUGUGUGGGCAAAUCGGUGUAGACGGCAGGAGACAGGAAGGAAACAGUUCCAGUAGGAAGCAGUGCUAAUGUAGCAUAGUCCAAUAGAAAAACCAGAGGUUAUGGCAAUUAUUUUAGAGUUAAAACCCAAAUUGAUAAACCAGGGUGGGUCCUGCCUACCUGUCCUUGUGCCUUCCUGACCAGACUCACUGAGACAGAGGCAGUGGGCUGUGGGCACGAAGAGCAGGUUGUAGACACUCAAGGGAGGCUAUGAGGCACCUCUGUCCUGCUCUGUGUUUCCUGUCAAUUUCCUCCACUUUAUGCAGGCCCCUUUGGUUAACCCUUUCCUCCCCCCCUCCCCCAUUGUUUGCUUCUGCCAAGCUGAGCCACUGAGGAGCCACACUGUGCUGCAGAAACAUAGACGUGGGGGGCAUGGGCCCCUUCCACCAUCACCACCGCCGUCUCACCUGCAGCUGUGAAGACCCAGGCCCAUCCUCUGCGUCCUUUCAGCCGCUUGGCCUGGGCUUGCCACCAGGUCUUGCAGAGUGAGCCCUUCCUGGCUGCAGAGAAGCACUCCAGGCCUCUAGCAAAGGAGACUGGAACUCCAGAGGGUCGAAAAGUGACUUGUUCAGAACACAUUUUUUUAAAAUAGAAAAAAAAUCUUUUUAUAAAAUGAACUUUUAACACUUGGCUCAAAUCUCUAGGUCAAACUGCCAGUCUUUAGAAAAGUGGCCACAGGGUCAGAGGACAGGAGAACUGAGAUUGGUUAAAACGCCAGUCUGUGCAGCCCUCUGUCCUCAGGAUGGGAUCUUGGUGUGGCCCAGUAGGGCUGAAGACAACACAGUGGCCUAUGGAUGAGUUGAAAGGAGCAGGCUCAGGGUCCAAGUGAAGUAAAUUGGUGAGAGUCUGCUUUUAAAAUUCAACCAAGUUGCUGUUUUUUACAAACUGCUCGACUUCUUGUCCCUGUGGAGAGCUGGACAUAGGUUCUUUAGUAAGAACACAGCCUUAGAGGCUUCUGGUCUAUUCCUGAGGUUCCAAAUGUGAAGGUCCAGUGGCCAAAUGGAGAUUAGCGAGCAGUUUUUGGUGCCACGCCAUCUGGGCACUGGCAGCUCUAGGCCGCUCCUCAGUCUCCCACCUGUUGGUGGUCAGAGCACUGCCCUGGGCCAGCUGGCCCACAAGCUCUCUGGUGAUACACUCUGAGUUGUGUCACAGAGAAAAAGCAGCUUUGCUUUUUGGGCAUUAAAAUGGGUAGGUAGGCUAAGAUUGCUACUUGCCAAUUUAUUAAGAUUUGUGUAAUCAGGUCUGCGUGAUUAGGGCUCAUUUUGAUUCUCUGAAUGACUGGUUUGAGUGUUUUUAUUUUCAGCUGCUGAGCCCACCCCUGAGUAGGUGCGGAAAAGGUGACAGUCCACUGAUUCUCCUCCAGUAUGGUCUUGAGGGGGUCUAGUACCCAGUGCACCACUGCUGCUUGAAUCUUCUUGCUGGCUUGCUUUGCUCUUAAAAGUGACUUGGUGGGUUAUGUUCUUCCUUCUGGACUACAAUAGAAAGGAUGGAGCUAAUUCCUGCAGUGUUGAAAGGCAAAGCUAGGUCAGCUGCAUGUCUAGUACCUCCUAAGGUAGGGAGCAGAGACAAGCACUUCCUUCCACGGGUAUCUCAGCAGACCUCAUGCAUUAUUGGCAUGGUUCAUUCUGGUCCUAUGACGAAUACUCCAGGCUUCAGCAACACUGCUCUUCCCAACAAGGGUUGUGAAUUUAAAUUUUUUGUUGGUGUGUAUGCGCAGAGAGUGUCCUUGGGCACAUUCACAGCUCCUAUGCUUGGCCAGAAAUCAAUAGCAGGGCCGUGUCCUCCAGCUAACCUGAGGUGGGCUUUGUGGGUUUCCUGUCUGCUGAGCACCCAGCACGGUGGGGCCUGGAAUGCCAGCCGCCCACUGCAGCAGAGGCAGGUUGUCCUCCACUUCUUGGUACCACGAACCUAGACACCUUGAGGUUUUCUUUCUUUUCCUGCUUUAUUCAGGUCCUGUGAGGGUUCCCAGGAGCCUAACGCUACAGUGUUCAGCCCCUGCUUUCUCCCAAAAGCUGGUCAGGAGACCUAGAGGUCUUGAGCAGGUUGUGCUGCUUCUGCUGCACACCUGCACCAGUCCCUUUUCUCCUAAGGAAGCUGAGCCACAUCGAGUCGGCCUCUGUUGGUGGGUGGUAGGUCCAAAAAGAAAGUUGUACAGACACUACGAGAAUUUGCUCAAGCUGUCUUUAUUUUUAGAUCAUACUUAGGUGUUUCUUCCCCUUGAAGCUGCUAUGUCUUCUUUAUUUAUUCAGGGUGUUUUCAUAUUGGGAAGCCUUGGCUGGUCUGUUCUGGCUCUGGAUUUUGUUUUGAGAUUGGUUUAUCUCUGACUAAUUAAGAAAGGAAAAUGACUAGAUCUUUCUUUUCUAUGCUUCCUACUUCCCCUUCCCUAGAAAGGUUAUUGUAACUUUAAGAACAGGCUUCAAGUGGAAAAGCCCUACUUUAGCACUUCUCUAAGUGCAGGCCAUGCAGUGUGGCAAACCCUAUUGCUGCAUUUCUGAAUUGCAAAGGAACCCAUUGAGGUGGAGAACUUAAAAUGGGUUUGGUACCUGUCCCUGGCCACAGGCUCCUUGCUUGUCUCCCUCUUCUGCUUGCAGCGCUCUGUACAAUAGGACUGUCCCCUGAUAGGAUCUACAUUUGCAAUGCUCCCAUCUCUCUGGGACCGCUAGCAUUACAUACUAGGGAGAGUUCCUUCAGAAGCCUUAGUCUGAGCAGACAGCAAGCAGAGUUGCAGUUAUCGUCAAGACAUUAGAAAACCAGAACUUGGUCUGGUUUUGAGAUGCCCAGGCCAGUAGAAUGCAGUUCACAAAAGUGUUUUUGCUAAUGUGGCAAUGAGACUGAGUUGUAAUAAAGAUGUUAUUUAAUCUUUGUCUCUGUAUUUUGAUACUUGAAUGACUUCCCCUUUUGUUUUACUGUACAUAUAAUUGUUACUCUCUGAUUUUGUCUGAAUUAUAAACACCUAAAGGUACCAAACAUAACCGACCUGUUUGACAACAUAGACUGACCUCACUACACAAGAGAGACUGUAAAUACUCCUGGGCUUCCAGCUUUGGUUUUGUUAUUUUCAUAACUGUACAACUUAGACUGAAUUAAUAAAUAAGAAGCAACAUAAACCAGCCU